AAAAUUUCACUUUAACUUGCAACCAAUAAUAUUUGCAACAGACUAAAAACAUCACAACUGUUGUAGCACAUAGGCGGCGCUGCUUCUGAACACCGCGUAAGUGCAGCAGUGAAUGCAAUUUGAAAAAGAAAACAAACAAAAACGCAACGCGGCAAAUUGUGUGUGUGUGUCAGAAAGGAGGUUGAUCCAUAACGUGGUGGUGGAGGAGGAGGUGAAGGCUCCCUUGGAAAUUGAGACUACCAAGGCCAAUGCAAAGAAUGUAAACAUUUGACUGAAAAUGUACAGCCUCUAUUGAUUAUUACGCACACACAAACGACGAACGCAGUUUUCUACUCACUAACAAUAUGCAGCAAGCUGACGAUCCACCAUCGCUGCCUGUGGGCACCGAGGUGAGCGCCAAAUACAAGGGCGCCUUCUGCGAAGCAAAAGUCAGCAAAGUGGUACGCAACAUUAAGGUGAAGGUUGCCUACAAGCAGGGACUCGGCUCUGGGAUUGUAUCGGAUGAUGCAAUUAAGGCAGCGCCCGGACAACUGCGCGCCGGUGCAACCGUUGAGGUGCGCCAUCCGGAUCGAAAGGAGUGCAUCGAGGCGACAAUAACCAAAAUUCAGGAUUGCUCCCAAUACACGGUCGUCUUCGAUGAUGGCGACAUUACGACGCUGCGUCGCACAGCGCUCUGCUUGAAGAGCGGCAGGCAUUUCAAUGAGAGCGAAACAUUGGAUCAAUUGCCACUGACGCAUCCAGAGCAUUUCGGUAAUCCGGUGGUGGGCGGUCGACGCGGACGACGACGUGGUCAACUCAAUGAUGGCAGCACCGAUGACGAUGACGAGAGCGAUGCCAAGGAGGUGGUCAACGAGAAAGAGGAGCACAUUGGUAAAGUCGUUUGCGUCGAGACCGAAUCCAAGAAAAAGGACAAGGAGAAAUGGUUUCCCGCUCUCGUUGUCGCACCCACCGCCCAGGUCAGCAAGCAGGCCACUGUGCGCAUCCGGGUCAAGGACGAGUAUCUGGUGCGCUCUUUUAAGGAUGGACGCUACUACACGGUGCCGAAGAAGGAGGCGAAUGAAUUUACAAGAGAGAUAGCCAGCAAACAGGAAGUGCCCGCUGUGCUGGCAGCCCUCGAAUUUCUAGACAAGAGCAUUUUGCCUGCCCACUGGGAUCGCGACUCUCUGUUCGGUCUGGCCAAUUUAACGACCGAUGAUGAGGCGGAAAUAGAAUCGGACUCAUCGGACGAUGAGCCGCACGAGGAGAAGGAUCUGUUUGUGGCACAGCUGUACAAAUAUAUGGAUGAUCGUGGCACACCGCUGAACAAGGUGCCAUCGAUCCAAAGUCGCGAUGUGGACCUCUAUCGCCUGUUCCGGGCGGUGCAGAAGCGUGGCGGCUACAAUCGUGUUACCGCCAAGAAUCAAUGGAAAAUGAUUGCCAUGCGACUGGGAUUCACGCCGUGCACGUUUAGCGUUAUGAAUCUGGUGAAGCAGGCCUAUAAGAAAUUCCUGCAACCGUAUGGUGAUUUUCAUCGCAAGCUCGGCUGCUCCAUGCUGAUGACAUCUCGCAACUCCAGUCGCAGCAAGGGUCGCAGCCUGGUCCGUGCCAACUCGGUGGCCUCGCCCAAACCGGCGGAAACCACCAAAAUGGAGAUAAUUAGCAAAUUGGCGAUGGCCAAUCAGGCACUGGCAGCUCUCGGCAGCAGCAGCAGCACAGCAUCAACAACAGCAGCAGCAUCAUCAGCUACAGCAACAACAACAACAGCUGCAGCAGCAGCUGCAACAUCAACAGCAGCAGGAGUCAGCAGUGGGAGUAGCAGCAGCGCCACAGCUGCCACGCCCACUCGCGCUGGCUCCCGGGCAAUCUCACAAUCAGCAGCUGAGGAAUCAGGCAACACUAGCGAGUCCAGUGUGGUUGUGGAGCCGGUGAAGAAACAGCGCAAAGUAUCCGCCGCAGGCAGCGGUGGCAGCAAAGUCAAGAGUCUAGUGGAGAAAUACGAGGAGAAAUCAACAGCAAGCACUACCAAUACCAAUACCACCACCAGCACUACCACCACCACAACUGUCACGCCAGCCACUGCAGCAGGAGCAGCAACAGCAGGAGGAGCAGGAGCAGCAGCAGCAGCAGGCGGAGCAGUAGCUGUUCCAACAGUGGCCACCGCCACCACAUCCAGCGUCGGCAGCACAGCGGUUUCCAUAUCGGCAGCAGCAGCAGCUGCUGCGACAACUGCAGCAGCAGCAACAACAGCAACAGCAAUCAGCGCCAAGGAUGCAAAGGAUGCCGAAGCCGAUAUGCCAUUGGCAAAGAUCAAGGCAGCGGCAGUUUCGACGCGCAACAACAGCAUGGACAAGGAGCCAAGCGGCGCUGGCAGCAAUGCAUCGAGCAAAGCUGCAUCGGAAACGCAACGCAGUCGCGACGCAUCCCCAACAGGAGCAGGAACAGCAGCCGCAUCAGCAACGGCAUCGUCGACGGCACCAACAACAACAGCAGCAUCAGGAGCAGCAGCAGCAGCAGCAAAUAAUUCUGCCGGUGGCCCAACGAAAAAGGAGAAACAUCAACAACGCAAACAAGUGGAGAAAAGCGACGAGAAGCGCGGCAAGCGGAAGAGAGAUGAAAUAACAGUGGAGAAAAUCGACACGGGCGAUUUUAUCGUUGGCAUCGGUGACAAACUCAAAGUGAAUUAUCACGAAAAGAAAUCGCCCAGUUCUCAUGGCAGCACCUACGAGGCGAAGGUCAUCGAGAUUAAUGUGCAGCGCGGCGUGCCGAUGUAUCUGGUGCACUAUACCGGCUGGAAUAAUCGCUACGAUGAGUGGGUGCCCCGCGAGCGCAUUGCCGAGAAUCUAACCAAGGGCUCCAAGCAGAAGCAGCGCACAAUCAGCACCAGCAGCGUCAAUAGCUGCGGUGCACCCACCCAGGCGCCCAAUCCCGGCCAGUUGCCACCAAAGGAUGCAUCUGCCAAGGGGGAACGUGAACAACAGCUACAGCAGCAACAACAACAGCAGCAGCCACCACCAAGCGCCGGCACUGGUGCGUCCUCGAUGCUGCAUUCGGCAUCGAAAACACAAACAACAUCAGCAGGCGUAACACCAGCAACAACGGGUGUUGGCAAACGUGGACGGGGUCGGAGUGAUUCAAUGCCACCGCGAUCCACAACGCCAUCAUCAGUUGCCUCCAAUUCGAGUCGCACCAAAUCGCCAGCUGCCUCACAGUCGCAGCUGAAGCAACGCAAGCGACCAACGCGAAUGCUGCAAGCGGCGAGCAGCAGCAACAGUAGCAACAAUCUGCGACGUCGCAUCUCCGCCUCGGCAUCGAUAUCGGCAAAUGUCUCUGAUGCGUCCAUGGCCACUGAAACGGACAGCGAUUCCGAUGAGCCAGUGCGUCGUCCCAAGCGACUCAGUGUCAAGGAACAACAGCUGAACAAAGCAAAGGCCGCCGCAGCGGCCGCAGCAGCAGCAGCAGCUUCAUCAUCAUCAUCAGCUGGCAAAAAGGGACGCGGCAACAGCGAGCCCAGCGAGGAUAGUGACGAGGAUGAGGAUGAGGAACAGCAACAACCACAGCCACCACUAUCAAAUAAGCAACAGACACCAGCUGCUUCUGCUGCUGCUGCUGCUGCACAGCAGCAAUCGAAACCAUUGCAGCGAUCACGUGCUGGCACUCGCGCAAUGAGCAGUGGAGGAGCAGCCGCCGCCGCCGCCGCUGCUGCUGUUGCUGCUGGGAAGGGGCAGGGACGUGACUAUGACCUCAGCGAGAUACGGUCGCAGCUGAAAGGCUUUCCGCUACAGGAUCGCAAAGAUGCGAUCAAAAGCGAACCGAGCGACACACAAGUCAAACAGGAAGUGACCAAGACCGGCAGCUCCACGGAGCAAUCCUCCGAAACGGAUUCGUAUAUUGACGAGGAUUCGCAAUCAUCCGAUAAGCUCGACUAUCACAAACAAGCAAGCGAAAAAUGCAAGCCCAAAAUAACAGCAGCAAUUCCCGUCAAGAGCGCCGGCAACAUGACGAUUCAGGAAAAGGUGGCCAGCAUGAUCAAUAAGAAAAUGUUUCAACUGCAUGAUGCUGGAUAUGAUGCUGUGGGCCACGACGACGACGAUGACGACGACGAGGAUCGCAAACCGUUCAAAACGGAGCCCAAGGAGGAGACGCCAACGAAGCCUUUUCACAAGGGCGCCGAUAUCAAACCGACAACAACCAUUACACUAAUUGCACCGGCGCGUUUCGGCAGCAACAGCAGCAGCAACAACAACUGCAACAACAGCAGCAGCAGCAGCAGUAAUCCAAGCGCCGCCGCCAAAUGCACAUCGGUAAUUGUGGAGAAGCCGCUGACAUUGCUCAAGAAGACGGAGAAAACGGAGAGCGCAACCAAGAAAUUGGAGCUAUUAAAGAAACAACAGCAGCUGCAAUCUGUUGGCAGCAGCAGCAGCACUGUGGAUGCGAGCAAAAAGUUUGUAGAGCCGGUGCUGCACAAGGAGACGGCAACAUUGAAGGUGGAAUUGCCUGCAGCCUGUUCGCCGUCAUCGUCCAGCUCCUCAUCCAGCUCGUUCUGCUCCAGCAGCAACAAUUCGACGACGACGACGGUCAGCUUGAGCAGCUCCUCAGCGACGCGUUCGUUGCCGGACAUGAGUAAAUUGGAAAUAAGCAGCGGCACAACAACAACAUCAACAGCAGCUGCUGCUGCUGCAGCAACAGCAAUAGCUGCUGCCAAGGAGACCAAAUAUAGUAGCAGCUGCAGUGGCAGCGGCAUCAGUGGCAUCAAGUUGCUCUCGUCGGAUGUGUACGAGUUCAAAGAUACGGAGCCGUUUGAGUUCGAGAAACGAAUCUCGCCCAUGGCGGCCAUGGGCGGUACUGCGAUUGUGCCAGUAACGCUGCCAGCUGUUGUCAGCAGCAUUGGCGCCGGCAGCAGCAGCAGCACCACUACCACUACCACCAGCAGCGGCAACACUGGCAGCAGCAACAUUGGCAGCAGCAGCAGCAAAAAUAUGGCAACAGCAGCAACUGUUGCUGGUCGCAAACAGGCGCUGAAAGCGAACACGAUUGCUUUGUACGUUGAUCAGCAUCAAUUGACGGUGCACGAACAGCGCAACUGUGCCAUGCAUGGUUCAAUUGCUGCUGCCACAGGCAGCAAGGCCAAGAAGCGAAACUCCCCACUAAAAGAAGCCACCCUGCUCUUGGCUGAUAAGCAGCCCAAGCAGCUUAAACUGGAUCAGCAGCAGCAGCAACAGCAGCAGCAGUCAUCAACAGCUACUGCUGCUGACCAAUCCUCGCCAACAGCCAACAGUCCCAGUGGCGUCAAGGCAACGCCAUCUUUGCCGUCAGCCGGCAUAAAGACAACGCCAUCGUCAGCAACCGUUGCUGAUCUAAUGGCAAAGGUGCAGUUAACUCCUGGAUAUGCAACACCCUUCGAUGUGUUGCGCAAAUCGCCCAGUUUUAAUUUAAACAUAACCGCCCUGAAUGAGGAGCUGGCCCAAACGGUGCAGGAGACAACACGCGCUCUAACGGAUGCACUUCAGCCGCCCACAACGCCAGCAACACCACCAGCACCAGCACCAGUUGCCGCAGCAACAGCAGCUGUAAUUAUGCCGACUGCUACUGCUGCAGCAACAACACCAACAAUUGCUGUGCCCAUUUCACCCAAGCUGAGCACACCGCCCCAAGCGAUAGGCGUGGCCAAAACGGGAACAACAACAACACCAGCUGCUGCAGCAGCAGCAGCCGCACAACAGCAACAUAUUGCAGGCAGUCCGUUUAUGGAGACACGCAAUGUUUUUGAGCUGAGCACAUCGAAUGAGGGCAGCGGCUAUAGUUCCGGUGAAUCGAAUAAGGACAACAAACUGGAGAAGCUGGAGAAUGUGAAGAUAUUGCUGGCGGGAGCAGCGGGUCCAUUUGAUCUCGACGCUGUCAAAUAUGAACAGAAGCCCAGUUCCAUAGCGGACAAGGUGCUCAAAGCGAUAAGAAAGAAGGAGGAGUCGGAACAAAGCAAAACCAAAUGCCAAAUGGACACUGAAAAGGACGAACAGCAGCAGCAGCAGCAGCAACAACAGCAGCAGCAGCAACAACAACAGCAACAGCAGCAACAACAGCAACAGCAGCAACAACAACAGCUGCCAAGCAACAUUAAAUUGGAGCACAGCAGCUCGGGCCUGAAGAUGCACAUAUUGAAGAUGCUCAGUGAACCGCUCAAGAUACAAACGGGCGCAUCGCUGCUCAGCGAUCUGCAUCAACGGGCGAGCAGCAGCAACAGUCCGGAGACCAAGUCACUGCUGGACUCCUCGUUGGCGGCCAAAAACAGUGAGCUAAGCGAAACGAUACAGAAGCUCGAGUGCGCCAUACAGCAGCGUAAAACGCCAGUGGCUGGCCAAUCGUUGGCCUCAUCAACAGCUGGCACGCCACCGGUGACGGGUGCCAGUGCGGGAUCGGUUGCUGGUUCCGGUGUCGGUGGUGGCGCAUUGGCUGCGUGCACAAGUUUCUCGGAUGAUGAGUCCAUGGAUAGCACCGAUUCGGAGCAACGGCUGGUCAUCGAGGAUGUUAUCAUUGAGGAGCCGAGCACGAUUAGCGUUUGUGAGCUGAAGAGUCCCGCCUCCGAGGAGGCAUCCAACAGUCUGACAAACAGUCCGCCCGUCCAACUCGAGCCGGAUGCGGCUGGUGGCAGCAAGCAGCAGCUGUCCGGCAUUCAAGCGCCCAUUGCACUAAAGCCAAUGAUGCUGCUGCAACCAGCUGUUGGUCAUUUGCCAUUUGGCCUCAAUUCCUAUACCGCCAAUCCACAAGUAUCCGCAACACAAUUAUCACCAGCAACAGCACCAGCAUCAGCAUCAGGACCAGCCCCUCCACAAUCGCAAUCGCAAUCGCAACAAACACAAUCAGCAUCAGCGCUAACUGGAGCAAGUGGCUCAAUCGUUGUGCCCAUUGUUGUGCCCGAAAUACCCGUCUCUGUUGUGGUCGCAAUGCGUCACAGCCCAGUUAUUGUCUGCACCAGCGACAGUCCGGCGUCGCCACCGCCCGAGGAUAAAAUGGCCACCAGAUACCCGAUGCCGAUCGAUCAUAAAAAUUUGAUCCCCUACAGUCCGCCACGGCUGUCCGAUGAGCUGCCGCCCGACGCACUCAUGCCAUAUCUAGCAUCGCGCGCGCGUCCAUUUGUGCUGCAGCCGGCCAAGGAGGUGACGACGACGACGACGAUGCCGACAACGACGCCGGCACCGGCACCGAUGCGUGUCUCGCCGGCGGCCAGCAGUCCGCUAAUCAGUGAUGCCCACAAUGAGGCGGCCAUUAAUUUGCUAUGCGAGGAGACAAUACCGGGCAGUCCGGCGCCCAACUACACCAGCAAGGAUGAGCUGAUCGUCACGAGCACCGUUGCCGGCCCGGCGGCACCGGCGAACGCAGCAGCAAUAAGUGGAACUGCUGCAACUGGAACAGGAACGGGCACGGGCACAGUUGUCGCCGCCACAUCCGGUGCGAUAGUAGGCGCAGCACAAUCAACGCUAACCAUUGCAGGCAUAGCGCCAUUAUCGCCAGACACUCCAGCGUUGCAGCGUGCAACACCAGUGUCCAGCCAGCUGGUUAGCCAGCCAGCGACGGCUGCUUCGGUAUCGCCCAACAGCUCACCAGACUCGCCAGCCAGCCAGGAUGAGAGCAGUGAGGAGACGGGCAGCAGCAGUCUGCAGUGCGGUGCCACCAAGAAAUAUACGGAACUCGAGAGUAAUGUGCACGGCGCCAGUGGCGGCGGCGGCGGCAACGGCGUUGGCGGUGGCGUAACCAGACGCAAUCGGCGCGCCAAAGCGACUGACACGUCGUCUCUCCAGUCCGCUGCCCAAAUGACAUCAAUCACGGCCACUGAACUGCAUGUCCUGGGCAAGCGGCGCCGCCAGCAAUUGAACAGCAUGCGCAAAACGACGACAACAACAGCUGGUUCGGAUACCGACGAUACUUCCGAUAAUGUUGUCACAUUACAGCGUCAUAGCGCACGCCAGCAACUGCUGCCGCAACAACAACAACAGCAGCAGCAGCAGCAACAACAACUGCAACAACACCAACAACAACAGCAGCAGCAGCAACAACUACACCAACAACAGCAGCAGCAACAACAACAACAACAACAACCACUGCAAAUGCCAACACAAUCAAUUGCAUCAAGUGCAUCAGGCGUUCGACCAUGUCCAUACAACUUCCUUGUUGAAUUGGAUCCCUCGCUCAGCAACGAUCAGUGCGUGUUGAUAUUGCGCAAACAGAUCCAGGAUGUGCGCAAGGCCUACUACACGAUCAAGGGCGAACUGGCUGUCAUCGAUCGGCGCCGCAAGAAGCUGCGGCGACGGGAACGGGAGAAGAAGCAGCAGCAGCAGUUGCAGGGCCAGCAGCAGGGCAAAGUUUGCACCUAAGCAAAGCAAUCCAAAUGCAAUAUAUACAUAUGCAUAUGUAUAUACAUCUAAAUCUAUUUGUAUACAUCUAUUUGUAUGCCUCCAAAUAAUAUAUAUACAAAUUGAAAAUUUGUAAAUUUCGAACCAUUUAACUCGUUCGUUAAACUUAAUGUUCUACUAAACAUUUCUUCUCUUUUUUUUUUGUCUCUCUCUGUAUUUUGUAGAGUAUAAUUAACAAUUAUGUAGCAUUUAAUGGCUUAACGCCCCCACAAAUUGAAGUUUCAAGCCAUUUGAAAAGACAGCUUACAAAUACAUAACUACAUACAACAAA